AAAAGAGUUUUCAACACUAAAACGUCCACUCUCGCAUAAGAGAAAGAAAGAAAGGACCUCACUCUCCCAACAAUCUCUCAGAAUCUCUCGAAUCUCCCAAUCUGUCUCAAAUCUCCAGCCUCCCAAUCUGUCUCAAAUCUCCAGCCUCUUCUGCCACACAAAGGUGGUAUUGUUUUGUCAGGUUCUGGAAAUAAGUAGCAGAGAUGAUUGCAGAGAAGCCCAGCUGGAUCAGACAUGAGGGAAUGCAAAUUUUCUCCAUUGACGUUCAACCUGGUGGACUUAGGCUUGCCACUGGUGGGGGUGAUCACAAGGUGCGGGUAUGGAACAUGAAAUCCCUUGGCAGGGAUUUGGAUAAUGAAGAAUCAUCAGCCCAGAGGCUACUCGCAACUCUCCGUGAUCACUUUGGUUCUGUGAAUUGUGUUAGGUGGGCUAAGCAUGGUCGGUUUGUUGCAUCAGGAUCAGAUGACCAAGUGAUUCUAAUUCAUGAAAGAAAGCCUGGUUCAGGAACCACUGAGUUUGGCAGUGGAGAGCCACCUGACCUUGAAAAUUGGAAAGUUGCAAUGACUUUGAGAGGGCAUACUGCAGAUGUGGUGGAUCUUAAUUGGUCUCCAGAUGACUCGAUGUUGGCCAGUGGAAGUUUAGAUAACACUAUACACAUCUGGAACAUGAGCAAUGGUAUUUGCACUGCUGUUCUGAGGGGUCACUCUAGCCUGGUUAAAGGAGUUACUUGGGAUCCUAUUGGCUCCUUCAUAGCAAGUCAGUCAGAUGAUAAAACUGUAAUUAUUUGGCGAACAAGUGACUGGAGUCUUGUGCACAGGACAGACGGCCAUUGGCAAAAAUCACUUGGAUCUACCUUUUUCAGGCGGUUGGGAUGGUCCCCUUGUGGCCACUUCAUUACUACCACUCACGGAUUCCAGAAACCAAGGCAUUCUGCCCCUGUUCUAGAGAGAGGGGAAUGGUCUGCUACAUUUGACUUCUUAGGACAUAAUGCCCCUGUGAUUGUAGUGAAGUUUAACCAUUCAAUGUUUAGGAGGAACGUUUCCAAUGCUCAGGAAAAAGCUGCACCCGUUGGGUGGACUAAUGGUGCUUCAAAGACAGGAGGAAAAGAGAAAGAACCACAACCUUAUAAUGUCAUUGCUAUUGGGAGUCAGGACCGGACUAUAACAGUGUGGACUACUGCAAGUCCCCGACCCCUCUUCGUAGCAAAGCAUUUCUUUACUCAAAGUGUUGUGGAUUUAUCCUGGAGCCCUGAUGGUUAUUCACUUUUUGCGUGUUCUUUGGAUGGUUCAGUGGCAACUUUCCAUUUUGAUGUUAAAGAACUUGGCAACCGUUUAAGUGAUGCUGAACUGGAUGAAUUGAAGAGAAACCGUUAUGGUGAUGUUAGGGGUCGGCAAGCAAAUUUAGCUGAAAGCCCAGCUCAAUUAUUGCUCGAAGCAGCAUCUGCUAAGCAAGCCCCAAGCAAAAAAGUGAUUCUGGAUGUUCAGCAAAACCAGACAGUUGUAAAACCUUCUGUUGAUGCAACGGUUGCAACAAAAACUUCUGCAGAUGGCUUAAAUAAGGUUUCGAUGCCUGCCAGAAUUUCCAGUCCUGUGAAGCAGAGGGAAUAUAGACGCCCUGAUGGUAGAAAGAGGAUUAUUCCAGAAGCAGUUGGGGUACCUCUGCAGCAGGAAAAUAUUUCUGCUGGGGUUCAGACCCAGGCACUUGAUUUCCCUUCUAUGCCUUCUGAUAAAAAAAAUGAUGAGAAUGGGUUAAUUGCAGCUGAUAGUGGCAUCAAAGAAACAUCUAUUAGGGGAGCAAUUGGCAGAAGCGCUGAAAUAAAGGAGGGACAUGGGGUAACUGCUAGAGCUAUGAUUACCAAAAGCCUUGUUAUUGAGAAGGUUCCUGCCUCCACAGGUGGAGAUGAAAGCAUAGCUGUGGAACAGUCGGGGAAUUUGAAGGCUUCUAGUUUGGCAGGUUCUUCAUGUUCCACUCUUUCAAUUAGGGUGCUAGAUAGGAAAGAAGGAGAAGGCAAUGUACCAAUUUGCUUGGAAGCUCGACCUCGGGAACACGCUGCAAACGACAUUGUUGGCAUGGGAAAUACAUUUAUCAUGAAAGAAACAGAAAUUACUUGCACAAGAGGGUUGCAAACUCUUUGGUCAGAUAGGAUAUCAGGGAAAGUCACUGUUUUAGCUGGAAACGCAAACUUCUGGGCUGUUGGGUGUGAAGAUGGAUGCAUACAGGUUUACACAAAGUGUGGGAGGCGUGCUAUGCCAACUAUGAUGGUAGGAUCUGCAGCAAUAUUUAUAGAUUGUGACGAGUGCUGGAAAUUAUUUUUGGUCACAAGAAAAGGAUCCUUUUAUGUAUGGGAUCUAUUAAAGCGGAAUUGCCUCCUCCAUGACUCAUUGGCAUCUCUGGUCGCUUCAAACCCAAACCCAUCUGCAAAAGACGCAGGUGUGAUCAAAGUUAUAUCAGCAAAGCUAUCAAGAUCUGGUUCACCUCUUGUUGUUCUUGCCACUCGCCAUGCCUUCCUCUUUGAUAUUAGCCUGAUGUGUUGGCUUAGGGUUGCAGAUGAUUGCUUUCCUGGGUCAAAUUUUGCAAGCUCUUGGCAUUCGGGUUCAGCUCAGGGUGGUGAGCUGGCUGCUUUGCAAGUUGAUGUUAGGAAAUAUGUGGCCAGAAAGCCAGGUUGGAGCAGGGUAACAGAUGAUGGAGUGCAGACACGUGCUCACUUGGAGGCUCAGUUAGCUUCCUCGCUAGCAUUAAAGUCAGCUAAAGAUUAUCGCCAAUGCCUUCUAUCAUAUAUACGCUUCCUUGCAAGGGAAGCAGAUGAGUCUCGUUUACGAGAAGUGUGUGAGAGUUUUCUUGGACCUCCAACUGGGAUGGUGGACGAUACAACUUUAGAUUUAAACAACUCGGCAUGGGAUCCUUGUGUGCUUGGAAUGAGGAAACAUAAACUUUUACGAGAAGAUAUCCUUCCGGCAAUGGCUUCAAAUAGAAAAGUACAGAGAUUGCUUAAUGAAUUCAUGGAUCUCAUUUCCGAAUAUGAAAGCGCUGAAACAAAUAUAGAGAAAAAGAUUCAAACUUCGCUGACAGCACGUCAACCGGCAGCUGAUGAAAUGGACUCUGCUCCUUCUAGGACAAAUGAAAUGGACAUUGUACCUGCAGCACCAGAGAAAACGAAGUCUGUUCCUGCUUCAACUGACCAAAAGGACUCUUCCCAGCUAGCAACAGAUGAAGAAAAUUCUGCUCCGGUAGCAGAAGACAAAGUUAAUUCAGAUCCACCAAUGGGCAAUCAAGUUAGUGAAGCUGCACAAGAUGCAGGUUCUUGAGUUUUGCAUCUCGGAAAUGCAGAAAACCGGACUUUCCAAAUGCAGUGUAUCAUAAUGUAGCCGGCUUGGUGGAUCUUGCUUGUACAUUAUUCGGUGUUAUCCGAAUUAAGGUGGCUUUCUCCUGAAAAAACUUGUUUUGUUGAGUGUCCUACUAGGAGAGCCUGCCAUAAGGCGCCGAUGAACACCUCUCUCUGUACGAUUACGCUGUGUAAUUUGUUGAUAAUAUUUUUCUUAAAUUAUUCAUAAUAUUUUACUCAUUUAA